AUGGCCUCGAAGCAAGCGAAUCGACAAGCUAUCACUCUCAAAGGCUCAACAGCUCUCGUGACAGAGUUCUUCAAAUACGCAGUCAAUACAAUCUUGUUCCAGCGCGAAGUCUACCCUUCAGAUGAUUUCCAUAUGGUGAAAAAGUACGGACAGACGGUCCUGGUCACCCAGGACCUUGCCUUGGAGAAUUAUCUCGAACGUAUUCUAUCGCAAGUGCAAAAAUGGCUGCUUACAGGCUCCGUUACGCAACUGGUGCUCGCCAUCAUAUCCAAAGACACCCGAACACCCCUUGAACGAUGGGUGUUUGACAUCAAACUUGUCGAGCCGCCAGCCAAUUCAACAGAACCGCAGCCCCCGAAGCCGGAAGCAGAAAUUCAAUCCGAAAUACGGGCAAUCCUGAAGCAGAUUAUAUCCAUGGUCACUUACCUCCCUGUGAUCCACGAACCGACGGUGUUCAAUAUUCUCGCCUACACCUCCGAGUCAGCCGAUAUUCCAGCUGGCGAAUGGGUGGACACGGACCCGCUUGCAAUCGAAGCGAGCAAGAGCCAGCAAGUGAAGAUGAGGAGUUUUAGCACUGAUGUUCACCGGAUCGAGGCCAUGGUUGCAUACCGCUACGAAGAUUGA